AUGACACUCCAUUGCAGGCUGCCGCUGAUCGCAGCCGCAGCGCUGCUGCUCACGGUGGCCCGCGGCGUGUCCCUGCGCGCCGUGCCGCGUGGGCUGCCCGGGCCGGCCGCCGCGCCCGUGCGCCUCGACCGACAGUUGGGGGGCGGCCGCAGGCGUCGCCUCCGCCCGCGGCUCCCCCGCCCGCUCUCGGCCACGCGCAGAGUCGAACAACUCGGCCGCGCGGACGAUGAACGUGCUCGGCCACAAUGUCAGCAAGGUGUCCGAAAAUUGGGGCAGCAACGUCGUCUACGCCAUCUUUACGAGCGCUAUCCAGUCACGUACCGCGAGAAGCUGGAGGCUCAGCUUGAGACGUGGGCGGCGCGGCCCGCUGCGGAGGGGAGGUACGUCGCCGUGGGCGGCGAGAACUACCCGGACGCGUGGCAGAGUGGUAGCAUGCUCAAGUCGAACUGCGGCGACGACAUGACGUCCAUCUCGUGCAAGGAGGCCACUCUGCUCGCCGAGGGCGCGGCGCGCGGAGCCGAGUGGCUGGUCGUCGUCGGCGAGGAUAACUUCGUGUACACCCACCACGUCGAGGCGUUCCUCGAGGACAAGGACCCGGCCACGGCAGUUGCGUACGGCAGGGUCGGGUGCGGCAGGGGAUUGUUCUGCCACGACAACGAGUUCUUCAGCACGUUCGGAGGCUUUUGCGGCGGCGCCGGCUACAUCAUCAGCCGCGCGGCCUUGCAGCGGCUUGUUGCCGACGGCGCGCCUGCGUUGCACAGGGUGUACGACAAGACGGCAAACCCGAACGACAUGACCACCAGCUGCGAACUCGCGCGGCACGGCACCCGCCUCCACCACACGGCAGGCAUGAACGGUUUCCCGCUGUUCAUGCUCCAGCAGUACGCCGGAGCGGCGCAGAGCGGCGAGAUCCUCACCUCCCACUACGUCCCGCCGGCCGCGAUGCGGCGGGCAGUGCUCUCAGCCAGUCGAGCCGGCGCUGGCGACGGCAGCAACGACGACGGCGGCGGCAGCGAGGGCGACGGAGGCCAUCCAGCUGCAGGCGCCGGGCCACGCCGCUAA